AUGCCAAAAGCGCAAUCCGCAUUCGGAUCGCGAUCAUCAUUAGCGACGUCGCAGGCACGAGGCGAAUCUAGCGACAUCGACUUCAGUUGGAUUCGUGAUGAGGAGAGAAAACUCAGGAACGAGGAACGAGAGAAUGCGAAACGCCUGCCAGAAUGCUAUUUCGGUAUGGAUCCUCCAAAAUUGGAUGACACACCGCUUACUUCUCAUAAUCGUUCAGAACGAGAUGAGAAAGAGAAUCAUCGUAGCAUCGGCAAUGUUCGCAGCACUGCGGCAGCAUUUGAGAACGAGCUGAGGGCAAAACGAGAGCAGGUACAGCGCUUGAAUUGGACCCUCAUACAACCUUUCUUAGCUUAA